CGUCUCCACGCGGAGCAGCACUGUCGCGGGCUCAGUGCUGACAUGGCGGCCUGAUAGUGUGCGUAGGGAAACUUUAGAUCCUCACGGAUUUCACAUCCCUAAGUGAACAAACAUUUAUGAAAUGUUUAGUUAUGAUACAAUCAAGGAAUAUGCUUCAAGCAAUUGUUAAACCGUUACUAGUCUGUUAACUUCAAGUCUAUCAAACAAGCAGGACAUAAUGUCAUCUCACCACACCUCUCAGAGGUUUUGCCUGCGGUGGAAUAACCACCAGUCAAAUUUGUUAUCAGUUUUUGAUCAACUGCUGCAUGAUGAAUCAUUUGUUGAUGUCACAUUAGCAGUUGAAGGGCAGUUCCUUAAAGCUCAUAAAAUGGUUCUCUCAGCUUGCAGUCCUUAUUUUCAGGCAUUGUUCACUGGACACCCAGACAAACAUCCCAUUGUGAUACUAAAAGAUGUUCCGUUUGCAGACAUGCGGUCGUUACUAGACUUCAUGUAUCGAGGUGAAGUGAGCGUCGACCAAGACCGUCUAACGGCCUUCCUCAAAGUUGCCGAAACACUCCGCAUCAAAGGUCUAACUGAAGUAAAUGAAGAACGGUGUGAUCUCCCUUCCAUUGCAUCAAGUCUUCUUUCGUCUGCUGGUUUUACGCAAGGAACCCAGCCAUCCUCGCAACAACAACAGCAACAACAACAGCGGCAAGAGCAGCAGCAAUCCCAACCCCCCUCAUUGCAUAGAAUACACGUACCAACCAAGCGAUCACUACAGAACUCAAUGGCAUCAAAUCCUCUUCUUGGCUCAGCACUAACAGCACCCAAGCGAAAGCGUGGGAGACCAAGAAGGUUGUCAGGAUCUGAUGAGCAUAGAAACCAAUCACAUAAGUCAAGUACAGACUCCGAGGAUCAAAGGCAUGAUGAUGAUAGUGAUGCACCAUCUUCUGGUGUUCAUGGCCCUCCGGACCUUCUAGAAGUUAAUAUGCCCGAUUAUCACCAUUCUCCUCCUUCAAGACUAUCGCAGUCGGACACCUCCCCUCCUCCCUCUGAAGACAGUACCCCUAUAGGAAAUGAUUCUGAUCAGCCCUCCUCCAAAGUCAAACCAGAAUUCGAAGAACCAACUCCUGGAACUUCACAACAAGAAUCAGGUGGUGGUAGUCAGUCUCCAAAAAGCAGCUCACAAGAUUCUGAGUCAAAACUCCCUUCCGAUUUACCAAAAUUACGUCUAGUUCCAAAAUCGGAGUUGAUGGCUCUCAAACGCAACGAGGUACACAAUGACCAUCAUUUUUUAAUGGGAAAUGUAAGCGAAGAUGGAGAACUGGACAAAGAUAAUAACAAUGACUCGAGUAACUGCCUCGAUAUGAGUGGUGAAUCAUCUGAAAAAGCUCUUGCACUGACAUCAGAAAGUGGGAAUUGUUUUUCCGAGCCCCCUCUGCCACGGCCGCCCAUUAGGCGGAGGGUGCGAAGAAGGGCGGCCAGCAGUAACGACCCAGCCGAGCAGCUUACCGAAAUGUCCGUCCGAGGGUUGAACCUUUUCCGAUAUGCCUCUGUUGCGGAUGGUGUUUACAAAUGUACAGAAUGUGCAAAGUCGGAUAUCCUCAAAACAUUUAAGAAUAAGUAUAGUUUUCAAAGACAUGCGUUUCUCUAUCAUGAAGGGUGUCAUAGGAAAGUGUUUCCAUGUCCAGUCUGUUCCAAGCAAUUCUCAAGGCCGGAUAAGAUGAAGAACCACAUGAAAACCGUUCAUGAAUGUUAUGUACCAAAGGAUAUCCUAUUCCCAAAUGUACCAUUCUUCAUGCCUCCUCCACCCUCGUCACUCUCAGGGUCUGAUAUUAAGUUCACACAAGAAAUGAAAUUUCCUUCAGAUGAAAUAAUAACGCAUCAUUAAUUGUUGCGUUGUUGAUAGGCUUCUCGCCUUAUAGUCAAAAUAACUUACACUCUCAGUCUAUUUUUGAAUCAUAAUUUAUUUUCAGUGGCUCUAAAUUUUAAUUUUUCAUCCUUUUCCAGCCCUGUUUGUCAUAAAUUAUCGAUUCUGUACUCAUCUAAUCCUGUAUUUUAACCUCUCAAAGUCUGUCAUCAACUGUCGCAGCACUGAAGAAACUUGAAUGGUAAACCAGGAAGAAUCUCAAGCACUAGCUCAUGUAUUUACCGUGUCAUAAACUGAUACAUUUCUAACAAUGAAACAUUUUUCAAAGAAGAAAGAAUAGAAAGAGAAAAAAAAUCUGCUAACGUAAGUGGAUCUUUUAAAGGUUCCAGGAGACUUUUUUUUUACCAAAAAUUAACCUUGUGCCCUAGACAUACAGUUAACAUACCGAAAAAAUACUGCACCUUGAAUACAUGGCUUACAGAAUUUGCAAUAUUGCAGUAUGGAUCCUCAAAUCAUUCCUUUUUAUUUAUCCUGCAUGGUAAAAAAAUUUCUGAUUUUUAGUAAAAUUUACUUCCUGGUCGUUAAUAAGUGAACAAUCGUUACUCACAAUCAGUUAUAAACUUAGUGCAUUGUGCUUUUUGAAUUCUGCCCAAAUAUCUCUAUAGCUGUUUGGAACCUGGUCUACCUUUUCCACUGUGACACGUGUUCAAAAAUAUACUGAGAAUGUCAGUCUUUAGUUAAAGUUUUUACAAAUAAUGAUGUUUUGUACUUGAUAAUUUUAUCUGCAAUUAUUAGCCUUAGUUCAAAGGCAUUCUGCCGCCAACCACAUUCAACUUACCUCUGUAUUCAGUACAGUGCCUUAAACGCCUUCUCUGCCUUAUUCGUGUAGCGUCUUCCGUUUUAAAUGAGUUUCUCACAUUUAUUUUUUAUAAUUAUUCAAGGUAUUGAAGGGUAUCAAGGAAGCCUACUUUUAGCCGUUAUUCACUAAAUGUCUUUUUGUCAGAGAUGAUUAUUUUUUAAAACAUCGCACAUCAAAUAUUAUUCAUGCACAAAAUUUUAAAUUUAUUUCCAGUUGAGAAGUCUUAAUUUUUUAUGUUACAGUUUCUGAGCUGUUUCUUGGAAUGAAAUUUCGUUUUGUUGAUUUUUAAUAUUUUAUAUGAAGCAUGGUUUUUUUCCCCCCUCUCUUUUUGCUCUAAAGUUUAGUUUCACUAUGUGGUUGUUGCUUGUAUCUCACAUCCCUAUUCUCUCCUUUACUCUUUCAUUUCACCAUGUUUGACCAGAUUUAUUUUUUGUUGUUUUUGUUUCAAAAUUUUGACUUUGAAUCUCCUUCACAGAUCUAUCAACAAAGUUCGGAGCCUUUAUGGUGAAUAUCUGAUUUUACCCUCUUGCCUUGCACAAUGUUUUGGAGCCUCAUAACUUUGGCUUAAUGCAACGAGUCAUGUGUUGUCACAAGAUGGAUGUUCAUGCUCCUCUGUGCACAGAGUUUUUCUACCUGUGUAUGAUAUUAUCUAGAAAAAGAAAAUCCUGUAUUUUGAGGCUCCAUUUAUUUUCAAAAACUUACGAGGCAUUUGUUAGAUACAGAAAUAAUGCAGUCUGAAAUCUGUAACGGUAUAACUAAAACUUUGCACUCGAAGAAAUCAAGCUUUUUUAUUUUCUUUAUUUUUUUUUUUUUAUUAUUAUUAUCUUCAUUUUUUUUUAUCCCAAGAAAUAUUGUAAAAAAGAAGUUUUUAACAUUUUUACGUGCUGGACAAUUUGGUGCUAAGUAUCUUUCCCUCUUGCCCAAAAGGUUUCUAUUCUUAUUUUGAUAUACUUUCCCCCCCUCCUUAAUUCAUUUCUUGCUUUUGCCAGAGAUUGAAUUGUUACUUUGUACAUUUCCACGUUACUUUCUUUUUUAACUGGAUAAGAGUUUAAUAAUUUUAGCGUUAUAGACUGAAUGUCUUUUAAUUUUGUCUUCUUGAUUUUUAUACCGCAUUAGAUUAAUAACACAAACAGAUACAAGUUUCUCAAAUUUUUUAUUUCGUUUGCACUUUUUUAAAAGUAGAUAAUUGAUGUGGGUAGCAAUAUUUUUCCGGUGAUAUGAACCAAAAUUGUAUAGUUGAGUUGUUUAUAAGGAACAAGUAUCCUCCUGUCUUUGAUUUUUCCCUUAAUAUUCGCUUAAGUGAUAAAAGCUAGCGUUUCUUUCAGUUCCAAUGAAGUUUUCCAAUUUUUUUCUUUUUUCAUCAUUAUCGCAUGCUACUCUUGUCGUGGCAAGAAACCUAAUUGCACUACUGAGUAGUUUGCAAAAAGCGUCUCUAAAUAGCCUGAAUUUUAGUAUGUCCUCAGUCCUGGAAUGACAACAUCCUGAUUGAAAUAAAUGUGUGCUCCUCAGUUUUUAGUUGAGUCCCACUGGUGCUCUUUAAUUGAAGAUUUACUAAAAAAACUUUUUGAAACAUUAUCAGUGAUCAAUUGAAACAGUCUUAAAGCUUGUUGAUCCCUUUUUUAAGUUGAUUUAAUGACUUUGUUCAACUAAGAAUUUACCAUGAUGUUAGCAUUUUGGUAUUUCUUCAAAUUCUCUCACUUAGUCGGAAAUAAUCAAUUAACAUUUUAAUGGAAGCAUAUUAAUAGGUGAAGAAAAAGUAAUGACUAGUGCCUAAAAGUGCAGGAAUUGCAUUUCAAUCUAACAUUUUGAGUCUGGAGUUUAGCGCAAAUCUAAAACUUUGAUCUAAAAAUUCAUAAGGACGGUAUCCUUUUACGAACUACCUACCAAUUGCUGCUGAGUCGUCUAUUCUUCUCUCAGGCAUUUUAAUCAGGAAACAAUUUCUCUACAAGAUUUGAGAACAUGAGUUUAAACUGGAACAUCUAAGUUUUGUCCCUGUAAUUUUUCAACUCUAAGUUUAAUCUAUAAUUCAGGCUGUUUUCUUGCAUUUCAGCAACUAAAAGUCACCUUUCUGUAGUUCUCAUAUCUCUGUCACGUUUAUCCCUAAAAUUUGUCUUUCUUUGUUUCCAAGCAUAGUCACUGAGUGGGAAGUCACAGUUUUAGUACCCAUUGUACAGACUUUUGGGUAAUUAGAACUGUGGGGUCCAUCUUGUAAAUUUAAAAUCCAUGUUGCAUUGUAAGUAACUGUUAUCAAAUUAUAUCUUAGUUAUCCUUUUCUGAAAAGGUAUGUUCGAUUCAUUUUAUGUACAGUCCUUUCAAAUCUUUAUGUUAAAGAAAAUUAUUUUUUUCUUAAAAUUCAAAAAGUAAAAUUGAGUGUAUGUUGUAUAUAUUCAAAGUUGAAAAAGUAUUUAUCUGCUCUUACUUUGAUAUUGUCUUUUUAAAGUGACCAUUUUGAUUUACCUAUUUGACCAAUAACCAUACUUUUCAAUUUUUGAAUGUGGAAAAUUCUGAUCAGUACGAAUGUAGAUUGCUUGAAAAAGGUAAUUGAGUUCUGGUAUUAUUUUUCACUUUCAUUCUUAAAUUUUACAAUUAUUUUCUUUAGAAUUCACUUCCAUGUAAUCCACCAGCAGUAGAAAUAAUGAAAUAAUCAGCAUUGGGGAAAAAGUAAAGUUCUCACUUUCUUUAUUCCUAAACUGAAAGGUCUAUCACACCUUUGACUGAGUCCUUUUCUUCCGCACUUUAAUGACUACAUAUUAAAUCAAAACUUUAUUUUUAAAUAAGUAGCAAAGGUAGUUGAAUCAGUAUGGUUCAAUCCAAUUUGAGAAAAUCUGUAAUCCAAAGAAAAUUGUUGAUUGUUUCAGUAAUUCUAAAAAUAAUUUUAAGAGCUACAAGCAAUUUGUUAUUGUAUUAUAAUAGUCACGAUGCGCUUGAUAAUUUUGUUGAAGUGUAGCAUAGCUAUUGUUUCUUUCUCUCCCCCCUCUCUUUCUUCCUCUUCUCUCUCAUUUUUUUCAUUCCUUUUUUCCCUUUUUUUAUAUUUUUGAGCAAUGAAAAUUAUAGAUUUGAAAUUACAAAGUUAUCCAGCUAGAGACUUGGAGUUCAUUACUUUAAUUUGUAAUGUUUGCCCUCAUCGAUUGUUUCUACGAUUACGUCUGCAUCUUUUGGUCAUUUUACUUCAUGAAAUUCAAUGAAAUUUUACUUUCACUGGUCCAUGAAUUUACUCAGUAAAUUUCAACUUCUCGAUUUAAUAAUUGCUACAAGACUACAAAGGUGUCAGUAAAAAUAAUAGAACCAAAGGCAUUUUUAUAAACGCUUCCACUUUCUUGUUCUGCUCGAUCUUCCAAACAAAGGAAGCACAGCUUAUUUCUGUUUUACCCUUUUUUCUGAUUGACAAAACCUUCUGUAUACUAAAAGUUGCAAAUCUGCAUUUUGACUGUUACCUUGCUGACUGAUCAAGUUAUGCCCAAAAGAAGUUAAACUAAGUGGGACAAAUAAAAUGCUCAUAAUUCUUUCCUUCUUGUUGUGUCCUUAAGUUUACUGUUCUCCAUUUAGUUGAGGCACUUUUUUGAACAUCCCAUUAUUUCAUGAUAUGCAUUUUUAAGGACAAAGUUAAAUCUUCUUUUCUUGCAAUUUUUAUGGUGCUCAAAUAUUAAAGGAUGUAUUGCUAUUUUAUUAUAAUUAUUGUGUUGUUCAAAGAGGGCUAUUACCCUUUGAAUUAACCUUAUUUUAAGGAUAUGGCUCAAAAUGCCUCUGGGGUGUUUGGGUGCAACAAGACUCAUUCGCAGACUUAGACAUUGUGCAAAGCCAAUACCUCACAAUAGUCUCCCAAUUAAAGGGCCUUAGAUAACUAGGAGGAUUAAUUACCUUAAACACCCUCUGAUUGUUGAAAUAUCGUAGACUCUGUACAUCCGCCUUGAUUGGUUGAGAAGCCCUCCAUAUAUUUAUCCUCGAGAGCUAAUCCAUGGUGAAAGCUGGUUGUUAACUUUGUAAGAUUCAUACAUUUCGUCGAGUUAAUCUCAUUGGGUCUUAGGGUACCAAAAUGUAUUUAUUUUAAGAACACUCUGGAGGUAUUUUCACGGGUCACCUCUCUUUAGAAGCACCUUAUUUGUGUACACUUGUGCCCUUUGUUUAGUUUUCUACCUUCAAAGUAUAUUGGUUAAUUAAAGGUUGUUUCUGUUCAUGCUUAGAGUAGAGUCUUAAUACUGUAUUAUUGUAAAUAAAUAAACAAUAGGUUUCUUGGUUAUUUACCUUGUACAAUUGUUCAGUUCUGUUCUUUUGUUUAAUCUAUUUUGGAAAAUUUUUAUCUCUGUUUAUUUUCAUUUUCCCCUUCUAGGUUAUUGUGUUAACAAAGAUUGAAUUUUUUCUUCUAUAUUUGUUCAUGGAUUUGUGUGAAUGUGCUGUGUGGAUGCAAGUCAGUUAGUAAUGUAUGAGUGUGAAUUGUGAUUUUCUUUUCUUUUUCUCUUACAACUUUGCCUAAUUUUAUCUCUCAACAGUUUUGCCAGGUUCUCUGUCACUUUGAAUUUCAUUGAAUUGAAUUCAUAUAGAGUGAAUUUCACAGAAAUUUUUUAUUGUGAAACUAAAUUCACAAAUUUAAUUCUCGCAACGAAUGAAGUCCCACUUUACUUUUGACCGUGAGGCAAAUCGUAAAAUAUAAUUUUCACACAGCAAGUAACUUUAAAUAGAUUCGUUUGGAAGAUUUUUCAACAGAGCUUCAAUGAAAUUUCUCUGAUGGUCUGUGAUGCACAAUCAUUUUCAAGUUCAAAAGAGUUCUAACUAAUUUUCCCUCUCUAUUUUCAAAUUAUGAAAUGAAUUACACAAUUUUGCCUUCAAUGUCAUUAUUGUGUAUUUCUACUAUUGAUCUCCCCAUUCUUCAUUUACUCUGAAACCUUAAUUUGUAACUAAUUCUGUUCCAUGCAUUAUAGUGUCCAAAUUUCUAAAUAUCUCUCCUCAAAGUGCCUUUAAAAUGUUCCAUUUUCUCUCAUACUUUUAUUUGAAAGUAAUCGGAAAAUAGGUCAUUAAAGAAGAGGCCUCUUAGUGAGUGCCUUACUUAUUACUCCGUUCAUAACAUUUAUGUUAACUCAGUUGUUGAAUUAAACUGACCGCAUUUUUGUCUUUUUCUCAAUAUUUUUGUCGAAUGGGCUCUGCUUCAUUCAUAUUUUUUCACUCUUCCGAUGACAGUUAACCAAAGUUAUGUAUCAGUUUAUUUUUUUAUGAGAAGUUCUUCGUGAACAAAAACCUUUCAUGAAUAAUUCACUCGUACUCAGUUAGUUUUUCUGCAUCUUUUGUUUUCUGCUUCUUUUCCCUCUUGUAUAUCUUCAGUUUGUUUGUGCAAUCUUAUUUUUUUGUUUUUAAUUUUUCCCUUCCCUAUCAGAGCAUUCAAACAUUGUUGUUUGUAUUUUGUAUUUAAAAUGUGUAAAUGUAGUGUUAAUAGUUUUAGUUCUGAUCAUUCAUCUGUUUCUUUUUCUAAUUUAAAAUACAAUUUUUAAUUCUUCAAUUCCUGUUGUCAUAUCAGAAUUAGCAAAAGAAGGACUUUACUCCUCUGUAGAAGAGGAUCAUUGAGGCAAGCUAUCUGAGCUACUAGAUUUCUCCUGACUUCACUGUCGCUAAGAAUCUAUUGAAUUUAAAAAGAAUAAAAAUCCUGUCAUAAUUAUCCAUAUUAAAAUCUUACUCAACUUGACGUAUAGUAAGGUGACGAUUUGUUUAUUAUGAAAGUAUCAUAUUUUUAACCUAAGUAAAACGGUUGUUUUAUCUGCUUAGUGAAAGAAGCGUAAAGAGCAGCAUUAAUUCAACCUUGUUUAAAGGAGAAUGUGAGUUUAGCAUGAUCAAUUGGAUAAAGUUCCUUAAGAGUUCCGAUUUUUGCUCCUCAAAAUAGAAAACCAUCACACAAGCAUCUGACAAGAAAAAAAAUGAAAUGUCUAAUGUGAGAGUAAGCCACAGCUACUAUUUUGUCGAAGUCUCCGGUAGUAAAUUAAAGUUGUUACAUACUUCAUUU